AUGUCCUCCCGAUCAAAACCAUCGUCCUCUUCAGCCGCAGGAGCUCGGGCGGCAAUCCGCCGCCUGGCAAAAGAAUACGCCUCCAUCCAAUCCCAACUGUCAGACGCCCCAAACGAAGAGAUAGAACUCGGGAUCGAACGCCUCGGCCCGCCCGACCAAACCGACUUGUUGCAUUGGGAGGCGGUACUGAACGGGAGAGGGUUAGGGGGUGGAUAUGCUGAUGGCAGGUGGUUACUAAAAAUCACCAUCCCCCCUACGUACCCCCUCUCCCCGCCGGAAAUCAAGUUUGAAACCUCGAUUGUCCAUGCAAACGUGAAAUUAGAGACCGGGGAGAUAUGUCUUGAUUUACUAAAAGAUGCCUGGAGCCCGGCGUAUAGUGUGUUGGAGUGUGUAAAGGCAGUGAGGAUGCUGCUUGAUCAUCCGGGGAUUGACUCACCUCUCAACGUCGACGUUGCUGCGCUGCUCAGGGAGGGGGAUGAGAUUGGCGCGAGGGGGUUGGUGGAGCUUUGGAUUGGGGAUCAGCCUGGGGGGAGGUAUGAGGGGAGUUAA